UGCCUUGUGCAGCAGCCUUGUGUUCAUGUGACUGUCACAUGAUAGAGCGUGACGCUGUGUUGUAGUCAGUCAGCUGUUUGCACAGGAUACUAACUGACUGGGUGGAGUUGAAAAACAUCUGUACAUAAACUGCAAUAGAUAUUUAACAAGAUGGAUAUCCGCGGGGCUGUGGAUGCUGCAGUCCCCACCAACAUCAUAGCUGCAAAGGCAGCUGAGGUGCGGGCCAAUCUAGUCAACUGGCAGUCCUACCUGCAGAGUCAAAUGAUCUCUGCAGAGGACUGUGAAUUCAUCAAGAAGUUUGAGGUGGCCAACUCUGAGGAGAAACAGGUCAUCCUGACCAAUGAAGGACAUCAGUGUGCAAAGACCUUUCUAAACCUGAUGGCACACAUCUCUAAGGAGCAGACGGUUCAGUACAUCCUGACUCUGAUUGAUGAUACUCUGCAGGAGAACCAUCAGAGGGUGAACAUCUUCUUUGAUUUUGCCAAAAAGACAAAGAACACCGCCUGGUCCUACUUCCUCCCAAUGCUGAAUCGUCAGGAUCUUUUUACCGUCCACAUGGCAGCGAGGAUCAUCGCUAAGCUGGCUGCCUGGGGCCGUGAUCUGAUGGAAGGAAGUGAUUUGAACUACUACUUCAAUUGGAUUAAAAGUCAGCUUAGUUCACAGAACCUACAUGGUACAGGUCCAGAAUCAGUCACAGGAGCAGGAACUAUUUCCCCCAGUGAAAGCUCGCAGUAUGUCCAGUGUGUUGCUGGGUGCCUUCAGCUGAUGUUAAGGGUCAAUGAGUAUAGGUUUGCCUGGGUGGAGGCUGAUGGGGUCAACUGUAUCACGGCUGUGCUCAGCAACAAGUGUGGCUUCCAGCUCCAGUACCAGAUGAUCUUCUGUGUUUGGCUCCUGGCCUUCAGUCCUCAGCUCUGUGAGCAGCUGAGACGCUACAAUGUAGUGCCUGCUCUGUCCGACAUCCUGCAGGAGUCUGUCAAAGAGAAGGUCACUCGUAUUAUUCUGGCUGCCUUCAGGAAUCUCCUGGAGAAGUCGGCUGAGAGAGAGACUCGUCAGGAAUAUGCUCUGGCCAUGAUUCAGUGCAAGGUGCUGAAACAACUUGAGAACUUGGAGCAGCAGAAGUAUGACGAUGAGGACAUUACAGAGGACAUUAAGUUCCUGCUGGAGAGGCUGGGAGAGAGUGUGCAAGAUCUCAGCUCAUUCGACGAGUACAGCUCCGAACUCAAGUCUGGUCGUCUGGAAUGGAGCCCUGUGCACAAAUCAGAGAAGUUUUGGCGUGAGAACGCUGUCCGUCUGAACGAGAAGAACUACGAGCUCCUCAAGAUUUUGACAAGGCUGUUGGAGGUGUCUGAUGAUCCUCAAGUCAUUGCAGUGGCAGCUCAUGACAUCGGGGAGUAUGUUCGUCAUUACCCACGUGGCAAACGGGUGAUCGAGCAGCUGGGUGGAAAACAGCUUGUGAUGAAUCAUAUGCACCACGAAGACCAGCUUGUUCGCUACAACGCCCUGCUGGCUGUGCAGAAGUUAAUGGUCCACAACUGGGAGUACCUGGGGAGGCAGCUCCAGUCCACCGAUCAGCAGCAGGCUCCGGCUGUGGCAGCUCGGAGCUGAACUGUUACCAUGUUUGUGUGUCACUGUGUGGAUGAGUGUGUACCGUCUGUAUAUUGGUCUUCACCAUUUUAAUAAUCAGAUAUUCAUUUUGUGUAAUGACUUGAAGCUGGAACAGUGUAGUUUACCUCUUCUCCACGAUGAUCCUAAAUGUGUUUUGAUUUGACCGUGGUGCUUCGUGUCGUGCCCUCUGCUCAGUGAUGUGUGGUGAUUGAAGUCGCACUUUAUGUCUGUGAUAAUGUACAAAAUAUUGCAAGUUAUUUAAGUCUGAACUGUAUGUACCUAAUAAAUAUGCUUCUCUGCUGGG